AGACGGAAGGGAACAAUAGAUGCCUCUCAAAGGGAGUGCCCAGGAGUGCCCGGAAAGCACUGUGAACCGCCCCAGCUUUUAUCAUGGCGGACGAUGGCCCACAGGACGGUGAUGAAGAAAUCGAUGACGGAGAUUUCCCCUUUCUGAAGGCAGAUCAUCCAGCGUACAAGAGGCUCCAAGAAGCUUGGCGGAAGCAGCUGACCGGUCACCAUGAUCGGGUCUCCUUGCAGCUCCGAGAGAAGCAGGAGGAGCUGAAAAAGCUGGUGAAGCAUAGGGAGGACAUAGGUGUCACGCUCUAUGGAGCACAACAACAGCUUGCCAAGCUCCAACUACAGCUGGAGCAGCUGCACGAUAAGUACGCUAUGUGUCAAGGGCAGCGCUUAGAGGAUGAUGAAGCCUUGAAGAAGAUCACUGUCGACUGGGAGGGGAAGAAAGGAGAGGUGGAAGAGGCCACCAGGAGACUCGCCAAGUCGCAGGACGAGCUGAACACGCUGAAUGUCACCGUGCGACAGGUCAAGGAAUACAAUGACCAGAUGAAGGCGGAGAUCCAGGUCACCAGACGAGCCACUUACAAGGCGGAGGAUCACAUUAAGCAGAUGGAGGAGGUCAAGAGCAAGCAAGACCUUCUCAUCGACUCGAUGAAUGAAGACAUUAAACGCCUAACGGAGCGAAAGGCCUUGCUUGACUCGCAGAUUGCGGCGCAAAAGCAGGAGACGGAGGCGGCCAUGGCGACGCUGCGGGAGGCAAGUCGCGAGAUGGAAGCAAUUCAGUUUGAGAAGAAGCAGUUAAUGAUGCAGUGGAGGUCCUCCUUGGUGGGAAUGCAACGUCGGGACGAAGCGCUCGAGAACGUGCAGAAGGCCCUGGAGGAGCAGAGCGAGGCCGAGCUGGCCAUUGAGAAUGAGAUCCGGGGUCUACAUGCCUCCAUCCGCACAGAGCAGGAGCGACAUGAACAGCUUUGUGCCCUUAGAGAUCGCAAUGAGAAAGAGAUGCAAUACCUGCAGACGCAAAUGACGAACCUCAAGCAAGAGAGAGAAAAGCUCAUGGAUCAAUAUACCACACUCAAUAAGAGCAUGGAUGAACAUUCUGAAGAGACGCAGAAGUUGAAGGGAGCUCUUACUGAGCAAACUCGCUCACUUGAAGUUCUCGAUCGAAAUAUGCAGAACGUCUCCCGGGAGAUCACCGCCAUUGUAGGAAAGAUCGAAGAGGAGAUGAGCGAGCAGACCACCUGUGACCGGGUGGCCGCGAACAGCCGGAAGCGGAUGAAGAAGAUCCGCGAGGAGAUUGCUGCCAAAGAGGUGGAAACUCAGAAUCUCCUCAAUGAGAUUGCCAGAGUGACUGUGGAUAGCCUCAAUACGAAAGCGCACAACCAGAUGCUCAAAGACCGACACAAACAGCUAAGUGAUGAACUGGCCGAACGAGAAAAGCUAAUCGAACAAUAUGAACAGGAGAUUCGAAAGAGGCAUCACCAGAUCGAAAAGAAGCAGCUCUUUGUUGAUCGCCUCAACAGAGAAUAUGAUGAGAAGAGGACUAAGUUGGAAGCUGAGAUCGGCAACGAUGAGGAUGUGGCCGGCCCACAGGAGGCAAAGCUGAAGCACAUGCGAAAAGCCAUAGCGGAGCUGACCAAAGAAUGCUCAGACAUGCAGAAGGACUGGAUCCAGAAGCAGACGCAGCUGCUUUCGGUGGCGAGCGACACGGACAAGCUCAAGGCCAGUCUCAACGAGAACAAAAACAAGAAGAUGGUCCUAGAGCAGAAGAAGCUCAGAAUUGAGGGUCAGCUAUCAGGACAUGAAAAAGAGAUCCGAGAGUUGGAGAACAACAUGAAGCACCUUCGCUUUGAUAUGGAUCGAAUGAAUGGUGCUGUGGUGAAGAAUGACUCGCGAUCAGAUGAGAUUGCCAACUCCAAUCAAAUGAUGGAGCUGGAGUUUGUCCAAAAGCUCAAGGAGAUUGAGAGCAGGUGCCUCGACAUGGAACGUGAUGUCGAGAAGCUUAGAAUGGAGAAGGACCAGAUGAACCAGGAUAUCCUGGAAUCUGAGCGUCAGGUUCUUCUUUGGGAGCGGAAGAUCACCUUGGAAAGAGAGAUGCAAGCUGCCUUGGAUCCCAAUGUGGGGCAGGCUGAUGCCGCCGCCAUGAAGAAGGAGAUCCAUCGAAUGGAGCUGCGGCUAGAGCAGUUGAAACGACGACAGGAGCAGAUGAUCGUCGAGAUGGAGCGCGCGAUUCACAAGCGCGACACCAUCGCCUUGAAGCUAGAGCCCAAGGCGAAGAAGACCAAGCAGGGGACAAACACGGCCAACGUCAAGCGUCAGCUGCAGUCCCUGCGAAACAACUUGAAGCUUUGCACGCAAGCGAAUGCCGAGGCCGAGCAAAAGAUUUCUGAACGGCAGCAGGAUCUCCAAGAGCUUCAGCAAACCAUCGAGGCUGCCGUGCAGGACUAUGGUCAACUGGAACGAUCCAAUGAACUUCUGCGCGGAGAAGUGCAGGUGGGCCACAUCGAAAAGCAGCGAAAUCUGGCCAGUAUCCUGAAGCUUCAGCGUGCUGCCAAACGCAUGGAUGAGUUGGCCAUGGGCACUGGCCCUCCACCACCGCAGAAUGUGCAGCAACAAUACCAGGAGCAGGUGCAGCUCCGUGGUAAGGUGGAGGAGAUGGUCAGGGUUCUUGCGGAAGCCUAUCCUCAGUUGGAGAGCCUGUGGACGGCCUUCUUCACAUGGAUGGAGCCAAGUUAAAGGCGCUUGUGCCGUCCUGGUGAGCGUGCUGCACGCUUUUCUCAUAUGACAUCAAGCACAUCAAGAGCCACAACAUCCCAC